AUGCUGCCCGAGCCUUCAUUCACGCUGAGCAUCCCCAGCAUCCACGAUGGGACCGCGCUGGACUGUCGGGUCUAUCACCCAGACUCGUUCUACACAGAGGGCGCCGCGCCUUGGAAGCGCCACGCCGUUGUGUUUGCGCAUCCUUAUGCUCCGAUGGGCGGCAGCUUUGAUGAUCCGUUGAUGGACAUUGCGGCCGAGCAGCUGCUCCGGAAAGGAUACUUGCUGGGGACGUUUAACUUUCGAGGUGCUGGUCGGUCUGCCGGAACAACGUCAUGGACGGCAAAGCCGGAAUGCGGCGAUUACACCAGCUUCGUUGGCUUCAUGGCGCACUAUCUUCAUCGUCUGGAUCCGUUUGGCCACCGCGUGGCAGAGCCGCCAUCAGAAAAGGCCGUGCCGCCCGUCUUGAUGAUGGCAGGCUACUCGUAUGGAGCCAUGAUAACUACUCAACUGCCGCCCCUGAACGAGGUCCUUGAGCCAUUCAGCUCUCCAGACUGUGGAUCUCAUGCUGCCCAAAUACGCCUGCGGGCUGAAAGCUGGGCUGAAAGGCAAACCCAAGCGGUGCAGGAGGCUCGCGCCGCCGUGGCACGCGGACAGCAGAAAGCCUCCCGCAAGACUCCUACAGGCAGUUCCGAGAAAUCAUCUAGUCCGCCUGCAGCAGCAACACCGGCAAAGGGCAAGCUCUCACCAGCAAGCGGCUUCAUCAUGCCCCGGCCGGCCUAUCUGCUCGUGUCUCCACUGCAAGGCCUCGUUACGCAUCUCGCAACCAUGUCGUUGGUCCCGUCGGUGUUUGCAAGGCAGAAGCCCCGUCAAGAAGACGACGCGGAGGCUAAGUUGGUGCGGAAUCCCACCCUGGCCGUCUUCGGAGACAAGGACAUCUUUGUGCCUGUUGGCAAGCUGCGUGCUUGGGUGGGACGGCUGAGCUCGCAGCCGGGAUCGCAGUUCCAGGGACACGAGAUUGGAUCGGCAGGGCACUUUUGGGCGGAGGAGGGAGUGCUGCAUGCUAUGCUGGACUUGGUUUGUGAUUUUGCGGGCAAGCUGUACGAUGGCAAUUAG